AUGGACAAGGAAUUCCCCAAAGGUUCUGAACUACGCAAGCACAAACCGAGCACCUUGAAAAAACAGUUGUUGCGUGCGGCGGUGGCGACUAUGCCCCGCAGUCCCACCUCCAGUGAGGAUGAGACGGCUCAGAGCGACUCCGACUUUUCCGACGAGUCAGGAAGUUCACACGAGGAAAACAUCUACGAGACCAUAGGAUCUCCUGGAGACCCCCCCAAAUCCAACAUGGAGGACCAGAGCAGAGACGAUCCUCAUGUCAACUCCAUGGUGAUACGAGUCCUGAUCCCAACGCUGCAGCAGACUAAAUGCAUGCGUUUUAACCCAGAUGCCACGGUGUGGGUUGCUAAGCAGCGUAUCCUGUGCACGCUGACCCAGAGUCUGAAGGACGUGUUAAACUUCGGUUUGUUCCAACCGCCGCACGACGGACGCGACGGGAAGUUUUUAGACGAGGAGAGGAAGCUCGGAGAGUACCCACAACCCCUCACCCGAGGAGUACCCUGUCUGCAGUUUCGUUAUAAGAGCCGUGUGUACCGACAGCCCAACGUGGACGAGAAGCAGAUCUCCAAACUCCACACUAAGGCAAAUUUGAAGAAGUUCAUGGAGCUGGUGCAGAGCAGUCAGGUGGAGAAGGUUUCCAAACAGCUGCAGCGCGGCCUGGACCCCAACUACCAGGACUCAGAGUCUGGAGAGAGCCCGUUGACUGUGGCCGUGAGUCUGGAGAACGCUGUGGAGAUGAUCAAAGCCCUGAAGAAUGGAGGAGCUCACCUGGACUUCAGAGCCAAAGACGGGAUGACCGCUCUGCACAAGGCCGCUAGGUCCAGGAACCUGGCCAACCUCACGACCCUCUUGGAGCUGGGUGCUUCUCCUGACUAUAAGGACAGCAGAGGCCUGACCCCCCUGUAUCACAGUGUGGUGGUUGGGGGGGACCCCGGUUGCUGUGAGCUGCUCUUAAACCAGCGCGCCACAGUCUGCUGCCAGGACGAGAACGGAUGGCACGAGGUCCACCAGGCUUGUCGUCACGGUAACGUGCAGCACCUUGAGCACCUAUUGUUCUAUGGGGCCGACAUGAGCGCUCAGAACGCAUCAGGGAACACAGCUCUUCACAUCUGUGCGCUGUAUAACCAGGAUAAGUGCGCCCGCGUGCUGCUUGUCCGAGGAGCCGACAAAGACGUGAAGAACUUCAACAGCCAGACGCCCUUCCAGGUGGCCAUUAUCGCUGGGAACUUUGAACUGGCCGAGCUCAUCAAGAACCACAAGGAGAGCGAUAUCGUGCCUUUCCGUGAGGCCCCUGCGUACUCAAAGCGUCGCCGCCCCCCUGUGGUCGUCUCGGGUCAGGGCUCCUCGUCCUCCUCCUCUCUCUCUGCUCCUCGCGUUCUCCUUCGCUCCAACAGUGACAAUAACUUGUCUGUGGGCCAGUACCAGUCUCACCACCAGCACACCCCGGAGCACCCCCCUCUCUCCCCCCGCGGGCCGUCCCACAGCGGGCCCUCCCAUCGCAGCGCUUCCCCCCUCUCCCCCCUCUCCCCCCGCCCCAUGCCCAGCUCCAAUGGACACGUGGUGGUGCGCACCAUGGGGAGGGGGGCACGCAGCCGCUCGCCCUCCCUCAGCAGGCUGGGGGAGGAGAGGAGAGGACACAGACAGCCCAGUCCGAGUGGUCGAGCAGACGGCCCGCGCAGAAAACUCUACAGCGCCGUCCCUGGCCGCCAUUUUGUGGUGGUGCGACCGUACAGCGCCCAGGGAGAGGGCGAGAUCAGCCUGAGCAAAGGAGACAGGGUCAAAGUGCUGAGUAUUGGAGAGGGGGGCUUCUGGGAGGGCAGUGCCCGGGGGCAGGUGGGUUGGUUCCCCUCAGACUGUGUGGAGGAGGUCCCUGCCAAAGCCCUGGAGGAGCGCAGCUAUUCUCGAGCGGAUCGCACUGAUCGGAGGAAACUGUUCAGACACUACACGGUCGGCUCCUACGACAGCUUCGACGCCUCCAGUGACUGCGUGGUGGACGAGAAGACCGUGGUGCUCCAGAAGAAGGAGAACGAGGGCUUCGGGUUCGUGCUGCGGGGCGCCAAAGCGGACACUCCGAUAGAGGAGUUCACUCCGACCCCAGCGUUCCCGGCGCUGCAGUACCUGGAGUCAGUGGAUGAGGGCGGUGUGGCGUGGCAGGCGGGGCUCCGGACCGGGGACUUCCUGAUUGAGGUGAACCAGGAGAACGUGGUGAAGGUGGGGCACAGGCAGGUGGUGAACAUGAUCCGACAGGGAGGAAACAGACUGCUCAUCAAAGUGGUGACGGUCAGCAGGAAUCUGGACCCGGACGAUACGGCCAGGAAGAAAGCUCCUCCUCCCCCGAAGAGAGCCCCGACCACCGCUCUGUCCAUGAGGUCCAAGUCCAUGACCUCUGAACUCGAAGAACUCGUGGACAAAGCCACUCUGAGGAAAAAGAAAGGGGAUCCGCAGAAGAGGAGGAUAAUUUUCCAAGUCACUCUAAAUAAAGUGGAGGAGAUGACACAUGCUCAGAAGACAUCUCCACUCGACACAAAGAUCGCCACCAUCAAGCCCCGCCCCACCAGCCGUUGCCUGGUAACCGCCGCCGACAUGAACUCUUUGUACCACGAUCGACAGGGUGUUGCAGUGGUGCCUCCUACUGUCCCGGGGGCGUUUCUGGGGCUGCCUGAGAAAAGCACCAUGAAGAAGCAGAAGUCCACUGAGGACGAAAAGCAGGGAUUUCUGACGCCGCCAUUGCUAAAGUUUUCUCGAAGUUUAUCCAUGCCCGACACUUCCGAAGACAUCCCUCCUCCUCCGGCCAUCUCUCCUCCAUCUCCCCCUGGCUUCAACUCUGGACCGGGAGCGAAAAACUACGUCACAACACGACCUACUUUCACCCAAAACUCGCCAAACGCUGUCACCACCAUCAACAGAGACGUUGGAACGUUACGGAGAGGCUAUUACAGGCAAAGCUCAGAACAAUUUGAAAGUACAAGGACAAGAAGUAGAGCACCCGUUCCUGAAAAUCCGUACUCCGAAGUUGGGAAUAAGACACUUUACGUUCCCGCAAAACCCGCACGAAGAAAGGGAAUGCUGGUUAAGCAAUCCAACGUUGAAGAUAGCCCGGAAAAAACCUGUCACAUACCUGCAAAUCCGUCAGGUGCCGUUUCCAUGCCAACGACCCCAGUGGAGCGGACAUGUUCGUCAAUACCGAUCCCGACCAUAAUAAUCAAAGAGCCCUCGACGAGCAGCAGUGGUAAGAGCAGUCAGGGUAGCAGCAUGGAAAUCGAACCGACAACCCCAGAGCAUCCGCCACUGAUGGCUAACGUAUCAGGCAGUGGCGGGUUGCGACCGGAUGACCCGUCUCUGAGUAACCCGUUCGCAGCAGCUAUAGCAGGCGCGGUGAGAGACAGAGAGAAGAGGCUAGAAGCAAAGAAGAAUUCGAUCGCGUUCCAGUCGAUAGAUAUGGGCGAUGAUGAGUUUAGUAGUCCCGCCCCUACGCCACGCCUACGCCAGUCUAAAUCUAUAGACGAGGGUAUGUUUAGCAGCGAUGAGAGGCUGAGACGGAUACUGGCACCUCCCACAACGCAGCUCGGGAAACCGGUAGGAGGAGGGAGCGGGAAUAUGACGGAUUUUAACACGCCAGAGCCGACGGUGGUCAGAGAGCCGCUGAACACGAGGACGGGACAGUGCCCGAACUUUGACAGUCCUGCAAGUCUGCCCUCCGCUGUACCCAAAAGCCAUUACCGCGCCAAUGGAACCUACCUCCACCCAGUCACCGGCAAACCCCUCGACCCCAACUCGCCCUUAGCUUUGGCGUUAGCAGCGAGGGACAGAGCGAUGAAGGAGCAGCAGAACCAAACUCAGGUGCAAACGCCGAAACAUGAAGUCCAGUCGCUGCCUCCAAUUCAGGCGAGCCACAAAACGGACCUAAACCAACCGCUGUUCAUCGACACCAAACUUCGAUCCGGGAUAGAGACGAGCUUCGCGGAAAUCUCCUCUACCACGAUGGGAAGAGGGAGGGGCGGGCUGAGGAGACAGAUGACGGAGCAAAAAUACGAGUCGGAUUCGGUGAGAGAGGAGAGGCAGCACCAAGCUGUGGAGGAGAGGAAAAGUGCUCCACCGGACGUUACAGAGCAAUCCAAGUCCACAGGUUUGCUAAUGGUGCACACAAUGGAUGCAAGUAAAGUUAGCGCUCAAGACGCAGAUGAUAGCAACAAGCCUUCGGAGUUGAAAGACCCAAACCAACCAGAGUCUCAGAACUCUUUAGCGCCUUUGUCCCACCCUCCUUCACGCAGACGCAGUAUUCCUCUCGGAGAAUCUUUGGAAGAACCCGUAAAACUCCCAUUCAGAAUCCCGCCUCCUCCACUAGCAUCCGUGGAUAUUGAUGAGGAGUUUGAGUUUUCCGAACCGCUCCCGCCUCCUCUCGAGUUUGCUAACAGCAUAGACAUCCCUGAUGAUCAAGCUAGUGCGUACGCGGAAAUGCUACAACAGCAGAGACGAAACGGAGGACCGCCUUUACCGCCCUACCACCACCACGCCCCGCCCUCCGUUGCUGAGCACCACAAACGGAUGGCCAAUAGCGUGGCUCCAUCGUAUCCACCGCACCCGCCCCCGCAGCCUGAUCCGGAAUCCAUCAUCGGGGAUUCGGGAAUUGAGGAGGUGGAUAGCCGGAGCAGUGGGGAUCCUCAGCACAUGGAAAGCACCAGUAACGUGUCCAGUAUUUCCACACUGUCAUCAGAGGGAGGAUUCUGCGACAGCGCAUUGGAAAAUUUAUACGCGGCAGCAGACGGUCACGCGUUUUUGGCCGAUCGACCGCCCGUUCCGCCCAAACCGAAAGGAAAACCUGUGAUCAAUCGGACUUCGCUGUACCACGACGCUCUGAUAGAAGAACCUCCAGAGGCGUACGGGGCGUCGCAGCCGGGUGCACCCCAGAAUCAGAGCUCGGUUUCGGGGACAGAGGCUCCGCGGACGCCCACCCAAAGGAGUUCCAAACUGUGGGGAGAGCCGGAGCUGCGUAGUCCCCCCUCCUCCACAGAAACAAAGAGCUCAGUUAUGACAGAGCUAAGCACGAUUCUGCACAACAUGAAUCGACCCAACAAACCUGCAGAUGCGCUGGACUCACCACCAGGGGGCAGGGCAGCCUUUGGGACCAGACCUGCGGACGACUCGGCCGCCCGCUCCUCUACAGCGGCUCUCCCCUCCUCCACCCCUCCCUCAUCCCUCCCCCCGUCCCACGUCCCUCACUCGCCCCUCCCCUCCUCCUGCACCCCUCCGGACUCCUCCCUCACCCCCUGCUCCUCCCUGCCCCCCUCCUCUUCCCCCACCCUCACGGACGUCUUCUCGCAGGGCGGCUACAGCCUCAGCUCCUCCCGCUCGCCCUCGCCGCUCACCCUCCUGCACGCCGUGACUUCAUCGGGGAAGCCCUUCGCCGCCAAGCCCGUGGAGCUGUGGAACAAGCACGACGUCGCCGAUUGGCUGGACAGUUUGAACCUCGGCGAGCACAGAGACGCAUUUUUGGACAACGAAAUCGAAGGCGCCCAUUUGCCCUCGCUGCAGAAGGAGGACCUGAUCGACCUGGGAGUGACGCGAGUCGGGCAUCGCAUGAACAUCGAGAGGGCGCUCAAACUGCUACAGGACAGAUAG